AGGGCUUUAGUAACAAACUACUUCCGGGAGUUGUAGUUCAAUGAUUUUGUCACUUUUGUAAGCGAUAUAACACUAUUUUGGUGUUUAUCUGCUACUCUUGUCAAGAUGUCAUACAACUACGUGGUUACGGCUCAAAAACCCACGGCGGUCAACGCCUGCAUCACAGGCCACUUCACCUCUGCAGAAGACCUCAAUUUGCUAAUAGCAAAGAACACAAGGUUGGAGAUCUAUGUUGUCACAGCUGAAGGACUCAGACCUGUCAAGGAAGUGGGCAUGUAUGGAAAGAUUGCAGUCAUGGAGCUCUUUAGACCCAAGGGUGAGAACAAGGAUCUGCUAUUUAUUCUCACAUCAAAGUACAACGCCUGCAUCCUUGAAUACAAACAGAACGGCGAAAGCAUUGACAUCAUCACUCGUGCCCAUGGGAAUGUCCAGGAUCGCAUUGGACGGCCCUCAGAGACCGGUAUUAUUGGAAUUGUUGACCCGGAAUGUCGUAUGAUUGGCCUGCGGCUAUAUGAUGGCUUGUUUAAGGUGAUCCCUUUGGAUCGUGACAAUCGUGAACUUAAGGCCUUUAACAUCAGACUGGAGGAGCUGCAAGUUAUUGAUGUUCAUUUCCUGUAUGGCUGCCAGGCCCCAACUGUGUGCCUCAUUUAUCAGGACCCCCAGGGGCGCCAUGUCAAGACCUAUGAGGUUUCUCUGAGGGAAAAGGAGUUCAACAAGGGCCCCUGGAAACAGGAGAAUGUUGAGGCUGAAGCAUCUAUGGUCAUACCAGUUCCUGAGCCUUUUGGUGGUGCUAUAAUCAUAGGACAGGAGUCAAUUUCUUAUCACAAUGGAGACAAAUAUUUGGCCAUUGCACCACCCACUAUCAAGCAAAGCACUAUUGUCUGUCACAACCGAGUGGACCCGAAUGGAUCACGCUACCUGCUGGGAGACAUGGAAGGGCGUCUUUUCAUGUUGCUCCUGGAGAAAGAGGAGCUAAUGGAUGGAACGGUUGCCCUCAAAGACUUGCAUGUGGAGUUGUUAGGAGAGACGUCCAUUGCUGAGUGUUUGACCUACUUGGAUAACGGUGUGGUCUUUGUGGGAUCCAGACUGGGUGACUCCCAACUGGUAAAGCUCAAUGUGGACAGCAAUGACCAGGGCUCAUAUGUGGCUGUCAUGGAGACGUUCACUAAUCUGGGGCCUAUUGUGGAUAUGUGUGUGGUCGACCUGGAGAGGCAAGGACAAGGCCAGCUAGUUACAUGUUCAGGUGCAUUCAAGGAAGGCUCUCUUCGGAUCAUCCGCAACGGCAUUGGGAUUCAUGAGCAUGCCAGCAUUGACCUGCCGGGUAUCAAAGGUUUGUGGCCGCUCCGCUCGGAGGCAGGGAGAGAGACAGACGACAUGUUGGUGCUGUCCUUCGUUGGUCAAACACGCGUGCUGAUGCUGAGUGGUGAGGAAGUUGAAGAGACAGAACUUCCAGGCUUUGUAGACAAUCAGCAGACAUUCUACUGCGGCAAUGUUGCUCACCAGCAGCUCAUUCAGAUCACGUCCGGCUCCGUCCGCUUGGUGCUUCAGGAUAGCAAGGCAUUAGUGAGCGAAUGGAAGGAGCCACAAGGCAGGAACAUCAGUGUGGCUGCUUGCAACCACACUCAGGUUGUACUUGCUGUAGGCCGUGCCCUUUACUAUCUUCAGAUCCUGGCUGGAGAGCUCAAACAGAUUAGCAACACCGAUAUGGAACACGAGGUGGCUUGCCUUGACAUCACGCCACUUGGUGAAGGGGGUGGUGAAUCGCCACUCUGCGCCGUGGGACUGUGGACUGACAUAUCAGCCCGUGUGCUGAAACUACCCUGCUUCACUGCCCUUCACAAGGAAAUGCUGGGUGGAGAGAUCAUCCCUCGCUCUAUCCUAAUGACCACUUUUGAAGGCAGCUACUACCUGCUGUGUGCCCUCGGGGAUGGCGCGCUCUUCUACUUUGGUCUGGAUCUGCAGACGGGCGCCCUGAGUGAGCGCAAGAAGGUUACCCUGGGCACACAGCCCACGGUGCUGAGGACCUUCCGAUCCCUGUCCACCUCCAAUGUCUUCGCCUGCUCUGACCGGCCUACUGUCAUUUAUUCCUCCAACCACAAGCUGGUCUUUUCCAACGUCAACCUCAAGGAGGUCAAUUAUAUGUGCCCACUCAACUCAGAAGGCUAUCCUGACAGUCUGGCUCUGGCUAACAACAGCACUCUGACCAUUGGUACCAUUGACGAGAUUCAGAAACUUCACAUCCGUACUGUUCCUCUGUACGAAUCCCCCAGGCGCAUCUGUUACCAGGAGGUUUCACAGUGUUUUGGGGUUCUUUCCAGCCGGGUGGAGAUCCAAGAUGUGAGCGGUACCACCUCUGCUGUACGACCCAGUGCAAGUACCCAGGCCCUCUCCAGCAGCGUGAGCUCUAGUAAGCUCUUCCCCAGCAGCACUUCUCCCCACGAGACAUCUUUUGGCGAUGAAGUAGAAGUUCACAGUCUGCUAGUUGUGGAUCAGCACACCUUUGAAGUGCUGCAUGCCCAUCAGUUCCUCCCAAGUGAAUAUGCUCUCAGCUUGGUGUCCUGCCGACUGGGAAAAGACCCGUCAGUCUACUUUGUUGUUGGCACGGCCAUGGUUUACCCAGAGGAAGCUGAGCCCAAGCAGGGACGUAUAAUUGUUUUCCACUACACUGAUGGAAAACUACAAACAGUAGCAGAAAAGGAGGUGAAAGGAGCUGUCUACUCAAUGCUUGAGUUCAAUGGCAAACUCUUGGCCAGUAUCAAUAGCACGGUCCGCCUAUAUGAGUGGACGGCUGAGAAAGAGCUUCGGACCGAGUGCAACCACUACAACAACAUCAUGGCCCUGUACCUGAAGACCAAAGGAGACUUUAUCUUGGUGGGAGACCUGAUGAGGUCUGUCUUGUUGCUAGCAUACAAAGCCAUGGAGGGCAACUUUGAGGAGAUUGCUCGGGACUUCAAUCCCAACUGGAUGAGUGCAGUGGAAAUUCUGGACGAUGACAACUUCCUUGGGGCUGAGAACGCCUUUAAUCUGUUUGUUUGCCAGAAGGACAGUGCGGCCACCACAGACGAGGAGCGUCAGCACCUCCAGGAAGUGGGACUUUUCCACCUUGGAGAAUUCGUUAACGUCUUCUGCCACGGCUCGCUGGUGCUGCAGAACUUGGGGGAAAGUUCCACACCCACCCAAGGGUCUGUUCUGUUUGGCACAGUCAAUGGCAUGAUUGGACUGGUGACCUCCCUGUCCGAGGGAUGGUACAGCCUUCUCCUGGACCUUCAGAACCGCCUCAACAAAGUCAUCAAGAGUGUUGGCAAAAUUGAACACAGCUUCUGGAGGUCCUUCCACACAGAGAGAAAGACAGAUCAGGCCACAGGAUUUAUUGACGGCGAUCUGAUUGAGAGUUUCCUGGAUCUAGGCAGAGCCAAGAUGCAGGAGGUCGUCAGUACGCUACAGAUCGAUGACGGCAGCGGCAUGAAGCGUGAAGCCACUGUGGACGAGGUCAUUAAGAUUGUCGAGGAGCUGACGAGGAUCCACUAGAAUUUUACGCCCCGCAGACACAAGGUGGUCCGCUGGAGACAUGAAUUAGAAAAGAUGUUUGGCCCUUGCAGAAUUGUAAAUAAUUAUAAAUAAGCAAUGUGUGCAUGACUGUCAGGGGUUGAGUCCUUGAGGGUGCAUCCGCAUUGAACUCUUCGUUAAAAAAAGAUCCUGGCCAAGCGUUGCAUCCAAUGGGGGAAAAAAAAGACCAAAAUUAUUGGUCCGAACUUGUGUGGCUGGGUCAGUGUGGAAUAUUGAGUGUCUAAAACAGGGAAAACACAAUUCCCCCCCCCUCACCCAAAAAGGUUUUUUUAGCACAUUUGUGACAGUUUCAAGCAGGUUAGCAAGUCCUUUCCAUGCCAUCAUUGAAAUGUAACCGCUUUUCAUGUCUGGGGUUAUUCAAGUCUGAACAACAAACAGAGGAAAAUGAUAGAUUUAUAGAUAUUUUGUCUGUGAUGUUUUUUGUUCUAAUAAACAUUGCUUUAGUACUGUUA